ACUGUAGAUCUAGUGCUUGACUGGUUCUUGUGAUGUCAAACAACCUUUUUAUGCUUCCAAGAAUCAUUAUAAUUGCUUUGUCAUGAAGCAACCUCAAUUGAAUAUUAGUUUGCUCUGUUCACAGGGAAAUAUGGACCAAUUUUCUAUGCUUCUUGAUCACGAUGCAGAUCCCAGCAUAGGUCUCGCGAGGAGUGGAAGAAACCUCCUUCACAUGUUAGCUACUGGGUGUACUGAGCAUGACCUUAGAAGGUACAUGAAGAUUGUUCUAAAGAAGACCAGCCCAGAAAAUCUCCAGGACAUGGCCAAUUUGGUUGACAACAAUGGCUUUACACCUCUUCUUCAAGCCUGUGAGACUAUUGCUUCAUCGCCUCCCAACAAGGAAAUAACUGAAUUUGCCAAGGAAUUUAUCAAGGCUUUGAUUGACAAGUUUGGCUGCAGUGUAAAAGCAAGAGUUGGGAAAAUCAACAAAAGCCCAAAUGUGUUGUUGAGAAGUCCUGAAACUUUUGGCUUAAAGAAGGAGAACGGUAAGGAAACACUGACCAUCCAUAAACGUCAGAAACGUAGUAUGUGGAAUGGCGGCAGUGAUGACGACGAUGAUGAUGAUGACGAUGAUGACGACGAUGAUGACGACGAUGAUGAUGGUGACGAUGACGAUGAAGAUGAAGAUGAAGAUGACGGUGACGUAGAAGAAGAUGCUGAAGAGGAAAUUUCAAAUGAAACAAGUGACGCAGAAAAUGAUUAUGGGGUCACAGGUUGGUAAAAAAAUUAGCAGCUUAAGCAAACCGUGACGGCGACACCAACUAGGACGUCACCAAACUAAAGGUUUAAUAAGUAAAACAAUGGCUAUGCACGUGCGUUAUAAAUCAUUGAAUAUUUCUUAAACGUCCUCUGCAAUACAGCAAGGGGAAAUGACCAAGUUCUGCAUGUUCUGGAUAACGGUCAAUUUUUCUUGGUUUCAAUUGGAACUGAACGCUCAGCUGACAUUUCACUUU